AUGUCCGACGCCGCCGCGGCGUUCGACACGGCAACAAGGCUCUCUGCCGUGCGCGGCAUGGCCGUGUCGCCGCUGCUGUGGAAGAUGAAGCGGCUCCUGAGCGUUGGCGGCGAGGGGGAACUCAAGAAGGCCAUCAAGGUCGUCCACGAGCUCGCCAACGCCAUGAUCCGCGAGCGCCGCAGCCUGGGCGUCGACAACAAGAGCCCCGACCUGCUGUCCCGCUUCAUGUCCGCCGGCUCUGGCACAAACACAAACGCCAUGGAUCACGACAACGAGGACAAGUUCCUCCGUGACAUCGUGGUCAGCUUCCUCAUCGCGGGGCGCGACACAAUCUCCUCGGGGCUCACCACGCUCUUCAUGCUCCUCUCCAAGCACCGCGCCGCCGGGGCCGCCAUGCGCGCCGAGGCCACCAAAGCAUCGGACGCCAACGCCAUGACCUACGAAGAACUCAAAGCCUUACACUACACGCACGCCGCGGUGCACGAGAGCCUGCGUCUCUUCCCGCCCGUGCAGUUCGACUCCAAGUUCUGCGCGGCCGCCGACGUGCUGCCCGACGGCACGUACGUGGACGCCGGCUCGCGUGUCAUGUACCACCCGUACGCCAUGGGCAGGAUGCCGAGCAUCUGGGGCGACGACUGCGAGGAGUUCAGGCCGGAGCGGUGGCUCACGGGCGCUGGGGCCACGUUCGAGCCCGUGAGUUUUUUCAAGUACCCGGUGUUCCAGGCCGGGCUCCGGGUUUGCCUUGGCAAGGAGCUCGCGAUCAUGGAGAUGAAGGCGGUCUGCGUGGCCGUGCUGAGGGCGUUCGACGUGAAGGUUGUCGGGGAGAGGGCUGUCCGUGAAUGUGCGCCGGUGUUCGCGCCGGGGCUCUCCGCGUCCAUCCAGGGCGGGCUUCCGGUGAAGCUAGCUGUUGAGAGAGAGUGUGAGUGA